UUACAGCCUUGAAAAACACCUCAAAAUAAAUAAAUUUUGUAUCAAUUCACUUUGCCGCUUGUUUUAUUUCCCAUGGUACCAACAAAACACAAAAAUCCCUUUUCAGCCAUCUUGAAACGCAAGUAGACAGAAAAUGCCGUCUGUGACGCUGAAGGACGUCGACCAGCACAAGUUCGUCAAGGCUUUUGCCCAGUUUCUCAAAAAAACUGGCAAAUUGCGUGUUCCUGAAUGGGUCGAUUUAGUUAAGACUUCGCGAGCCAAGGAGUUGGCGCCCUACGACCCUGAUUGGUACUACACCCGGUGUGCCGCCGUUGUGAGACACAUUUACAUGAGGUCCCCCAUUGGUGUGGGUUCUGUGACUAAAAUUUUCGGAACGCGUAAACGCAACGGGACCAAGCCGUCACACUUUUGCCGCUCUGCCGGGAGCAUAGCGCGAAAAGUCCUCCAAAGUCUGGAAGGGCUCAAGCUUAUUGAGAAGACACCAACAGGAGGUAGGGAGCUGACCCAGCAAGGACGACGUGAUUUGGACCGGAUUGCGGCUCAGGUGAAGGCUAAAGAGCGUAAAGCGUUAAAGUCUGCCGCUGCUGUUAUUGCGCUAUGAGUGAAUAAAUAAGGUUUUUUAAGAGA